AUGGCUACCAACAAGCUUGAGAAGGGCACUCCUUGGUGGAAGGAUGCCAUCGUCUACCAGAUCUAUCCAGCCAGCUUCAAGGACAGCAACAGCGAUGGUAUCGGUGACAUCCUCGGCAUCAUCUCGAAAUUGGACUAUCUCGAGGUUCUCGGCGUCAACGCACUCUGGAUCUGCCCCAUGUACGCUUCACCUCAGGUCGACAUGGGCUAUGACAUUUCGGACUACCAGAAUCUGCACGCACCGUACGGCACCGUCGCCGAUAUGGAAGCCUUGAUCGAGAAGGCCCAUAUUCGCGGCAUGAAGGUUCUUCUGGACUUGGUCAUCAACCACACCAGUAACCAACACGCCUGGUUCAAGGAAUCGAGAUCCAGCAAGGACAAUCCAAAGAGGAACUGGUACAUCUGGAAGCCUGCAAAGUACGACAAGGAUGGUCAACGCCAGCCGCCCAACAACUGGCGAUCCAACUUUGAGGGCAGCGUGUGGGAGUGGGACGGGCACACUCAAGAGUACUACCUUCAUCUCUUUGCUGUUGAGCAGCCCGACCUCAAUUGGGAAGUCGAGGAGACCAGACGAGCCAUCUACAACGAGGCUAUGGUCUUCUGGCUUGAAAAGGGUGUCGACGGCUUCAGGAUUGAUACUGUCAAUAUGUACAGCAAGCCUACCGAUUAUCCCGACGCAGAGAUCACAGAUAUGGGUACUGUUCUACAGGGUGCGGGCCAUCUCUACGUCAACGGUCCUCGCAUGGACGAGUUUCUCAACGAGAUGAACGCAGUCCUGUCACGCUACAACGCUGUCAGUGUUGGAGAGUGCCCCCUCACUCCUGAUCUAGCGAGAGUCAAGAAGUAUGUCAGCGCAAAGGAGAAGCAACUUGACAUGGUCUUUCAGUUUGACGUUGUCGACGUCGGUCAGGGCAAGUCCCACAGAUACCACACCAAGCCACACAACUACAAGCUCACUGAGCUGAAGCGUGCUGUUCUCUUCUCUCAAGGUCUGGUCUCGCCCGAGUCAGACAGCUGGGCCGCUGCUUUCAUGGAGAAUCACGAUCAAGCACGCAGCAUCUCCCGCUUCGGAAACGACACCACACCCGCCCUUGCCAUCCGCUCGGGCAAAAUGCUGGCAAUCCUCAACGCCUGCCUCAGCGGUACCUUGUUCGUCUAUCAAGGUCAGGAGAUUGGUUGUGUCAACCUACCCAAGAGCUUCCCCAUCGAAGACUACCAGGAUCUGGAGAGUAGAAGGUACUACAAUGUUGCCGAGGCCCGCUGUGGCAACGACAAGGAAGAGCUGGCCAAAGUCUUCUCCGUCCUCCAGUAUCUCGCCCGUGACCAUGCCAGAAGCCCUAUGCAGUGGGAGUCGACUUUGCCUGAUGGAGGUUUCACAGGAGAGGGAGUCAAGCCUUGGAUGAAGCUCAACCCUUUCACCACAACCAUCAACGUCAAACAACAGAUCCACGAUCCUGACUCAGUGCUGAACUUCUGGAAGCAGAUGCUGAGACUGCGCAAGAAUUACAGUGCACUCCUCGUCCAUGGAGAGUUCAAGCUCGUCGACUUCGACAAUGAGCAUGUCUUCUCCUUUGUGAAGGAAUUGAAGGGUCAGAAGGCACUGAUCGUUUGCAACUUCUGCGACCGUGAGAGCAAGCUGCCUUCUGUCACAGGUAAGAAGCAGCUGUUGAUCAUCAACACAGAAGGUUCCAAGAAUGACGUCUUGAACGCCUGGGAGGGUCGCGUCUAUCUCUUGGAGUAG